CGGCAGCGCCCCCUGGGCGCUGGGGGCGGCCGGGACGCGGAGUCCCGCGAGCCCACGGGGGAACGGAGGCCCCGGGAGGCCCCGGCCCAGCCCGGGAAGGGCCCGGUCCUGCGGGAGGGCGGCCGAGGUUUUCCUUCUCCAGGUGGUAUGCCGCACCGAUACGGAGGGGCCGUUUGCACGACCUGUUGGUCUGAAGUACUGUCCGAGAGCUUUCUGAUAGAAGGUGGAAAUCCUUGACUGGAAGACAAAGGAACAGCUAUGCUUCCUAGAUAAGGUGGAACCAAAUGCUACAAUUAGGGAGAUAAGAUUGAUGUUCCAUAAAUUAUAUCCUCGGUGGUAUCCAGCAAGACAGUCGAUAAAACUUGAUCCAAAAGGAAAGUCCCUGAGGGAUGAGGAAAUCCUGCAGCACCUCCCUGUUGGCACAACUGCUACCUUAUACUUUAAAGAUUUAGGGCCACAGAUAGGAUGGACUACGGUGUUUUUGAUAGAAUAUACAGGUCCAUUGUUCAUCUAUUUUCUGUUUUAUUUCCGCAUGCCUUUUGUGUAUGGACUGGAUGAGAGGUUUACAUCAAGCCCACAUCCAGUAGUUAACUUGGCAUGUAUCUGCCAUUCUUUCCACUACAUCAAAAGGUUGAUUGAAACAAUAUUUGUUCAUCGGUUCUCCCAUGGGACUAUGCCACUGAGGAAUAUUGUGAAGAACUGCUUGUAUUACUGGGGAUUUGCAGCUUGGCUUGCUUAUUACAUCAAUCAUCCUCUUUACACUCCUCCUUCUUAUGGGAAAAAACAGAUUAAUUUUGCUGUGAUCAUGUUUCUGCUGUGUGAAGCUGGAAAUUUUUCCAUUCAUGUUGCACUUAGUGACCUCCGGAGAGAUGGAUCCAAAACCCGUAAGAUCCCAUAUCCAACAAAGAAUCCUUUCACGUGGCUGUUUUUCUUUGUGUCUUGCCCUAACUAUACCUAUGAGGUGGGGACAUGGAUCAGUUUCACUGUCAUGACUCAGUGUGUUCCAGUGGGUCUGUUCACCUUGCUUUGCUUCAUUCAGAUGACAAUCUGGGCAAAAGAUAAACACUACACCUACCUACGAGAAUUCAAGGAUUAUCCAAGUCUUAGAAUGCCAAUUAUUCCUUUUUUGUUGUAAAAAAAAAAAAAAGAAAGAAAGGAAAAAAAGGAAGAAAAAAAAGGUUGACUUCAAUAUUGCAUGGAACUUCAAGAAGAAAAAGCUGAUGGAUCUUUUAUUCAUAAACCUCCUGCCAAAAAAUAAGUGAAUUAAUUUAAAUAAUUCUGUUGUAUGUUAAAUCUCCACUGCUGAGGGAAAUUGUGUACAUUUGAAAACUAUACUUCCUUAUGUUCAAGAAUUCCUCAGCUCAGAAGCACCUUCAGAAAGUAAGGCUUCAUUGCACAUUUGGUAGCCAAAAGCUCCUAUAGUUCACUGCAACCCAAUUGACUUAGAUUUUCCUGUACUAGUCUAUUUAGACUGAUGCCUCUGAGAUACUGAGAAGCCUGUGCUGAAAAGUAGCUCCAAAUUUAGCAGUGGCACUCUACAAGACUGUGACGUAAGUACAUUGGAACGAGGACAUACCAGCCAACUACUAGAGAGCUCAGCUCAGACAGCAUGGCCAGCUGGCCUGAAGACAGUUGCAUGUUCUGCCUUCUUUGACUUGAAAAAGAGAGUGUGCUGCCUGGGGGCAGGUGCUUUGUGACAAACAACAUUACCAAAGAAUAUGAAUGGUUCCUAGAAUAAAGAAAUAGGCAAUAUCUCAAAUACCUGUUUUGGGUCUAACCUAUAAUUUGCCAAAUGAUUCUACAGUAAGAUGAAUUUGUAGAUGUAACAUCUUUUGUUGAUUUUUGGGGGGGAAGCUUGUUUUCUGUUUGUUUUGGUUUUAGUAUUCUUCAUUAGUAAAUUGCAUACUAGUAAAUAAGAUUCAUAAGAUCUGA